AUGGUAAUGUUCACCAAUAAAAGGGCACUUGGCAACUUUACCAGACCAACACUCUUCCAGACUGAACUACAGCUGACCGAUGAAGUUAAGUACUUAGGGCUGACUCUCGACAGUAAACUCAACUGGAACAAUCACAUCAACAAACGUAUAGACAAGGCGGGAGUAGUCUUCUGGCAGUGCAGAAGGAUGAUCGGUAAGAGGUGGGGACUCAAUCCGAAAAUUACCCUUUGGCUCUAUAAGACUAUAAUCCGCCCCCUACUCUGUUACGGAGCUUUGGUUUGGUGGCCAAGAACAAACCUAAGCAACGUACGUGACAAGCUACAAAGACUCCAGAGGCUCGCAUGCGCGGCCACCACUGGUUGCACGAGGUCCACUCCGACUGCAGCCAUGGAGGUCAUGCUAAACCUUCCACCGCUGCAUCUACACAUACAGCAAGAGGCCAGUCUCUCAGCGGUAAGGUUGCGAACCCUCAACAUAUGGUCUAACAUCACAGGAGCUCUUCACACAACAUGCCUGGAAAAGGUAUACAACGAAUUUCCAGUGCUCAGGGCGGGCACGGAUCGAAUUCACAAACAAGCCAUCUUUGACAAAAGGUACAAAAUACAAUUAUAUGAGGACGACAACUAUGAAGGACUCAAUCCCCGGGAGCUGAGAAUCUUCACUGAUGGGUCCAAAACAGACAGCGGAUCGGGCUCUGGUACCUUUUCAGAAGACCUGAACAUGUCAAUCACCACUCCGCUAGGAGCCCAUAACUCGGUAUUCCAAGCUGAGUGUAUGGGCAUCAUAAACGCGGCGGCUGCCACCACUGCAAGGAAGGUAGUAGGAUCCUCCAUCCGCAUACUCUCCGACAGUAGAGCAGUCUUAAUGGCCCUAAAAAGCCAUAUAGUUACAUCCAAACUUAUACAGGAAUGCCACGAACGACUAAUGGAGGUAUGUCAGAACAACAAGAUCACCUUACAAUGGAUCAAGGGACACAGUGGAUCCCGAGGUAACGAUGCUGCGGACGAGCUUGCCAGACAAGGAUCGGGUGCGGGGGCGAUUGGCCCGGAACCGAUUCUCCCGAUACCGUUUAGCAAGGUACGCUCAAUGCUGCUGGCACGCACUGGGAAACUACACACAGAACACUGGCUAAACCAGACUGGAUGCAGACAGGCCAAAGAAGCCAUGCCUGGCAUCAACGGUGUCACAGACAGUCCCCUAUGCCGUGGAUGCAUGCAGAAGGAAGAAACAGCCUCUCACGUGGUGUUGGAAUGCAGCGGAGUGGCCCCAUACAGGGCAAAACAUCUCGGAUCUCCGAGAGACCUCCCCGAGGUCCUACUCAACAUCAAAGGUUUGGUGGGAUUCCUCGAGGAGCUGGGCUGGCAGGACUAG